AUGUCAUUGAAUUCCAACCUAGCAUAAUAUAAUAAUGUCCUCGGAAUAAGUUCUCUCUAAGAAAUUUCCUAUCUUUAAUAAAUUUAUUUGAAAUACAAUCGUUAAAAGAUAGUCUCAUUUCAGAAAAAUAUCUCGAAACAUGAACUAAAUCUUUGAAAAUUUAUGAAAAAGGCGCAGAAAUAAAGUACAGUUUAAAUAAUUAAUUCUGAGCUAUUAAGUCAAUAAUUUUAUUAGUAUGGGGCUUGGUUUAGCUAGUGAAACUUUAUCCAACUAUAUCAGGUAAAUCUGGAGCCUGGUUCUAAUAUAAGUUUAAUUAAGAAUUCCAACCUAAAUCAAGAAAACAAAAAUAUUGAAAACUGAAGAAAUAUUCACUUACUUGGCAGCUCCAAAAGUCCUAACAAAGGCUACCCAAAAAACCUAGUAAUGACAUCACGAUACACUUUAUGAAAUUUCUUCCCUAAAAAUAUAUCCGAGCAAUUUCAAAAUUAUGCCUAUUACCUAUAUCUCAUAGAUCCAAUUUCUGAAUUAAUCAAAAAUCCAUACUCCUGAGAUUGAACUUCAGCAUUUCCUAUAGUCUUUUUAAUAAUUUUAACUUGUAUCUUUGAUGCUUGCAGAGAUGUGAAAAAUCAUAAAAAUGAUAAAUCGGUGAAUGAUAAAUUGUUCGAAAUAUGAGAUGGAUUUCAAUUCGUGCCAACAAAAAGCAAGAAUAUUUGCGUGGGAGAUAUUAUUUUACUAACAUCAGUGUGCUAGCAAAGCCAUUGGGAAAAUCAAUUUUUCUAGAAAAUUAAAUGACAUUUAUAGAAAUAUACAUAUUUUUGAUAUAUAUGUAAUAAAUAUCAUAGCAAAACCUCUAGCUAGUUAAUUGCUAGCAUUCUCAAGCAUAUAUCUUCUAAAUUAAAAUGCAAUUAUACUUUAAAAAAUAUUUUUAUAAUUUUUUUUAAAAAAAUGAAUCUUCUAGCGAGAGUAAAUGAAAAUGAUUAUGCCCCAGCAGAUGUUCUUAUUAUUUGUAUCGGAGAAGAAGAAAAAGUCUGUUAUAUUGAUAGGGCUGGGAUAAUCGGAGGCACAGACAUUAAAGUAAAAAAGCCUAUAAAAGAUACUCAGAGAUUAUUUGAUACAGAUGAUAUUGAAGAAGCUUCUGCCAUUUUAAAUAGAAUUAAUGCGAAAAUCAAGAUCCCAGACUCUUCUUCAAAUGAUAUUUGCGGAACUUUUAAAAUGAGUAUAAACCCUAGUCAAACAGAAAUAAAUCCAGACAAUUUUAUACAGCAAUGGUCGCAUAUUAUAGAGACAUCCUGAAUUUUAGGGGUUGUGAUAUAUACAGGCUAUGAAACUUCUGUAUCAAUUUCAAUAAAAAACCGGGCAAAUAUUUCCAAUACAGAAAAACAGUUAAAUAUAUGAGUUUUAUGGAUUGGGAGUUUUUAUUUUUGCAUGGUUUUGAUAUCAUUUUUAGUUAAUUUUCUUGCUUAUGGGACAAAAUAUGGAGACAAUGCGUUAUCACUAUUUAUGACUAUUGCGUUUAAUUUAAACAAGCAUGUGCCUAUAUUUUUAUUCCUAAUUUUGCCUAUAAUUCGGCUUGUCCAAAUUUGAAGAAUUUCGAAAUAUUAUAAAGGAGUUACCUUUCAUUCUAGUAAAGUUAAUGAAGAUCUAGGACAAGUCGAGUACAUUUUGACUGAUAGAUCUGGGACUAUUACAAAAAAUAAAUUGAUUAUAUCAUCAUGUAUGGUUAAUGGCAUAGCUUAUGCUAAUAUUGAAGAACAGUAUGAUAACUCUCCGGAACUUAAAACUGAAAAUUCGCCCUUCAGGACUGUUGAUCCGAAUGAAGCUCAAGUCAAUAAUUGAAUAUCAAGCGAAAGUCAGUCUUUUGACGCUUUAAAGCAUGAGCUAAUUCAUUCGUGUAAUAGAGGGAAUGUUUAUAACUUUAUACUAUUUGGUUUAUUUUCAUACAUUAAAAUGGCGCCAUGUAUCAACCUGCCCGCUUGACACAACAGUUUAGACCUUAAGGCCACGGCGAACUGGAAUAGACUCCAAGCUCAGAAGCAAGUGCGGUCUCAGCUAAUGUGUAUCAGGGUAGGUUUUGGUUGCUUUCCUGUGGUUGAAAAUGGAGGUGCUCAGCAAUGAUCUUCCGACUCUUAAGUAUCCUCUGUCAAGAAACCGGGGUUUCGGUCUGGGCUAUAGGGAACAGUCUUUUUCCCGUAGUUUUUUUAAAGAAAGAAACUCUGAUACCCGAUAGACCCCAAGGAGCUGAUCUCUGGAAUUAAAGCUACUCCAAUCGCCACUUGCAAUGCCGCAGAAAUCCAUAAGCCGCCCACUCAAGACUGAAGCCUUAAGCCAACUACACCGGUUACGGCUAGACCUACUGAGCAGUUUGCAGCAAAGCAGAUUAGCUUCCAGGAGGUCUUUAGUGAUUGCGUCAUCAAUAUGGCCAGUUUCGGUCUUUAACGAUCCUAAUCCUAAUUUAGUUUAUUUUCAAAACAAUUAAUAGCAGUUUUUAUUUAAUUUUCAAGGAAAUUUAGAUAUGGUAUCUAAUAAGAAAAGUUAAUUUGUAUAAAAUAGAAUAUCUUAUGUAUGGCAAUAUGCAAUCAAUUUUUCCCCAAAAUGUCUGGAAAAUGCAUAUCAAUAUCUGCAGACGACAGAACCUUUGUAGAAACAGCUGGACAGCUAGGUAUCCAACUCGUAAAUCGAACCAAUAAAUCUUGCAUAGUGAACAUUCUAGGAGAUAUAUUUGAAUUUUCUGUUAUUGCUUAUCGGCCAUUUUCAUCUAAAAGCAAAAAAAAUCGCAUCAUAGUCUACGAUAAUUCGUCAAACCAAACCAUUUUAUUCGUGAAAGGAGCAAAAGACUCCAUGAACGAAUUAUUUGAUUUAACAAAUGAAGAGAGGCUGAAUUUUGAAGAAAAUUUAUAUUCUUGUAACCUUCUAGGCAAAAGAUUGAUUUUUAUGGGCUAUAAAGUCCUCAGUGAUAAAGACUACAAGCACUUUCAUUUUGGCUAUAAAAACGCAAAACGUUCCCCAGUAAACAGUGAAGGCAGAAUAGAAAGCAUUUUUGAAGCACUUGAACAGAAAUUAAAAUUUUUAGGCUGUGUCGCAAUUGAGGAUAAAGUUUCGAAGCGAACACGAGAAGCAGUAACACUCCUGAGUCAAGCGGGCAUUAAAUUUUGACUUAUGAGUGGAGAAGAUGAAGAAAUUACUUUGACGACUGCUAUUUCUGCAAAUAUGUUUGAUUUGCAUACAUCGAUAGCUAGGCUAAAGUCAUAUUCUUCUCAGCUGGAAUGCACCAUGGAUAUGAUUAAAAUUGUAAAAAGACAUAUAAUACAUAGUGGAGAAGAAAACCUUGACACAAACCUCCUUCAGACUUCACGUGAAUACAAUAACAGACCCUCAAACACUUCGCAGAAUUGUCUGAAUUUCCCAAAGAUAUCAGAAGUAGAUCAUAAUUGGACACCAAAAUUAUCUGAAAUUAUUGAGCGAAAAAACUCAUUAAAAGAAAAAUCUACCAAUAUUCAUCCAUUUUUAGCAAAAAUUACUACAAUAAACAUGUCUGCUCCGCUAUCAUCAAAAUUCAAUGCGGAUACUGUUUAUUUUGUGCUAUCUAUUGAUGCACGAGGUAUUAGUUAUGAGCUUAGCUGUGAAGAAAAUAGAAAAUUAUUCUGUGCUAUGCUUAGUGCAGCCCAUUGUGUGUGUUUUCAUUCACUAUUACCAAGAGAUAAAAGGCAAAUUGCCUCGCUACUUAGGAACAAUUUUUCUUAUAAUCCAACUUUUUUAGCUAUAGGAGAUGGAGCUGGCGACGUAGGAAUUAUUAGGUUAGAUUAAGCUCUUCGUGCUCGAUAUGGAUGGGAAUUUCCGCUCCUAUAUGCUCAUCGUUCCUGAGGGACCCUGACAGACACCCUUCCUUGCCACUGUAGGUAAGGGAUAUCACACGGCCGAUCUUGGCUUCCAUUAUUCCUUGAGACCAUGGGGCUACCAUCUGGGUCAAAACUCCCAGUUUCUUGUUAGGCAGAUGCUACCUCAUGAGCCCUAUUCGAGGGUUUUAUCGUCCUCUCGGGGCUUUGCUGGCCCUACCCUUUCCAAUGAUGGUCUUUAAGGCAAAAUCUCAUAGUCCCAUUAAUUAGCUCCCUAAGGAUGGAGAAAAGCCUAGCCCGAAAUACACAAAUUAUUGCAGGCCUCUUUCUGCCCAUCCCCUUAAACUAGGCCCUACCUGCAGGUAUUGAAGAAAAAGGGCCAGUAGGUCAAGUGAUCUCUCUUUACCAUUGUUAUAUAUAUAUACGUAGGAAUGAUAAAGCAGGCUCAUGUAGGCGUAGGGAUUAUUGGCAAAAGAGGAAAUUUUGCAGCAGAUGCUGGGCAUAUUGCAGUCAGAGAUUUCUCACAAAUAAAAAACUUGAUUUUAUUUGAAGGACAUUGGAAUUAUGUCAAUGUCUCAAAUAUUAUUUUAAUUUAUUUGUUUGGGAGUUUUAUGCAUACUUGGAUAAUUUUUUGCUAUACUUGUGUAAAAAACACUGGUGGGAUUUCAAUUUUUAGCAUUGGAAUGUCAUGAUACUAUUAUGGAUUUCUAACAGCAAUUCCUUUAAUUAUAAUUGGGAUUUUUGAUGAAGACGUAAAAGGCCGACAAAUAGCAAAAUUCCCUGAAAUGCAUAAUGUUGGGCUUUACAAGCUGAUGUUUAUAAGUAAAAGACUGUGAAUUGUGGCUAUGAAAGCUCUUGCUCAAGGAAUAUUAAUUUUUUUCUUUGUAUUUUAUUGUGGAAUAUUAAAUGAUAAUGGGUAUACAGAGAACAGUGCAUAUAUGUCUAUAGUUAUGUAUAUAUCACUAUACAGCUCAUUUCUUAUUUAUUUGAUUCUUGAAACGUAUUCUUAUAAUGUUUAUACUAUUUCAAGCUAUGUGUUUUCGCUGAUAUCUUUGAUAGUGUUUUUAGAAAUCAUGUCUGAGGCUCCUAAUUCUCAUAUGAAUGGAGACUUAGAGAUGACGUAUAUUUCUCCACUUAUGUACUGCCAUAUGAUAUUUUUACCAUUGAUUUGCUUGAUAAUUAAUUAUGCAAUUAAAUGCUGCGAAGUUCUUUUUUACCCGAGUUUUAUUGAUUUUAUCAGGAAUAAGUUCGCUGGGAAACUGUAUUAUGAAGCCAAGUCAAGAAUUGCUACGUUUAAUGAAAAACUUGAUAAGAUUUAUAAAGAUAGCAAAGCAUUUAGAAAAUCUAAAGAAAGCACUGAAUUUACCAUAAAUAAAUGGACUUGAAAAUUUUCAACUUGUUAUCAUUAUAUUAGACUAUAGAAAAGCCCACUGUAGUAUAUGAAGACCUUUAUUGUGUUCUAUAAUCUCUACACUUGCUCGCCAGUUUGUAUACGGUUUUGCACUGUACAACUCCUUUUGGGUAAGGCCUGCGCUUGCUCCCGAAAUUAUCCACUAUGCCAUACGUUAACUAGGCUGCCUACCAUUGAAAAUUCAAAGGUCGAAAUUUCACCCAAAAUGAAAACUAGAAGCCGAAUCUUGAUAUUAUGCGAGAAAUAAAAUGGUGACAUUGACGGAAAUUGGACUCACAGGCGCACUCCCUAUGGAGUAAGUAGGCCCUAUCCUUAUGAAGCUGAAAGUAAGACCUCUGUCCCUUUUGAAGUAAGCCUUCAGGUUUGGACGAGGCUAAGGCUAGUGGAUCGCCCGCUUAUGACUAAUUUAAUCAUUUAACAAUUUGAUGGUAUUACACAGGUUAACUCCAGAUUUGCAUAAAAAUAUCAUCGGCCACUGCUGGAAAAAUCCUUUACCUCACCUUCCCAUGCAGAAAAACCUCCGAGAUUAGACAUUUGGAUGAUCAGAUCAACAUUGGAUAAUCAUCUGCGCCAUAAAACCUAGCCAGUUCACAUGCUAUCACCGUAAUUCCUUCCUCAAGGUUUCGGUUCCUAUCAGAUAACAGACUGCAAGGGUUAAGAGGUCAAUGCCAUUUUUAUACCUUGAAAAUUUUUAAGCCCGUCAACAGAAAUUGAUUAUCAAAAUGAAAAAAUAAAUGAAUAUUUAGGUCCAUAUCGAGCAUUUGCUAUUUAUAGAUGUGCUAUAAUUUUGUGCAUUUUUAUUUAUGUUUGGAAUGUUGAUAUUAGUGAAAAAGCUAUUCCUCCAUUUUAUACAGCUUGCUCUGCUGUUUAUGGGAUUUUUGCAAUCCUCUCUUUCAUACCAUAUUUUAAGUAUAAAAGAAAUAUGGUUACAAUGCUAAUGAAUAUCUAUGAUAUCAUUAUGAUAAUAGUCCAUUCAUUUAUUUUUGAUUUCCAGAUUCCUGCAAUUUACUUACUCUCCCCUUGGAACACAAAUUUUUUUUCAAAUUAGUUUUGAACUAAUUUUAAUAGAAAAAGCGAAAUUGAAUAUUAUUUAAACAUUUUUAAAACAGAAUCAAUUAAUUUUUUGAAUUGAUUCUUCAUAAAAUAUAUACAUUUAUAUUUUAUAUUUUUUAAAUUUUAAAAUUUUUUAUAGUGAAAAAUUUAUUAUUUAUUAAAAUAAAUAACUGCUUAAUUGGAAUGGAUUUUUUUUCCAAUUUAAAGGGAGGAGUUAAGCUGGCCUCCUUUAAUUUUAAUAGGCUCAUGUAUGGACUGAAUUUAUGGUGUUUUGUUUUCACUGAUUAUAUCUUCCUGUGUAUGUGUCUCAGCCUAUCUUAAUUCUUCUUAUUUAUCUACAAUUGAAUGUUACAUUUCAGGAACUGAGUUUACAGUCAUUUAUUUCGCAAUUUGAAUUUCCUCUGCUAUAAUAGGCUAUAGCAUUGAAAAAUACGACAGAGAAAAAUUUAUUUUACUUAAAAAGGUCGAAAAUGAAGUCGAAAAAUCCAAACAAGUUUUAGACUGCGUUUUGCCUGAAUUUGUUCGAAAAAGGGUUAAGGACGGGGCACGAUAUAUUGCUGAUGACCAAGGAAUAGCAACUGUGCUGUUUUGUGACAUACAUAAUUUCGAAGAUAUCGUAGAAGCAUAUCCUUUGCAUGAACUUAUCGCAUUUUUAGAUAAUGUUUAUAGGCAAUUUGAUAAUUUAUGCGAAUUAGUUGGGGUAACAAAAAUAGAAACAGUAGGGAAAACUUAUAUGGCUUGUGCUGGCAUUAAAGACAGUGAAGCUGAAUUAGAUGGAGUUUUCCAAUCAGUCCCACAUGGACGGAGAGCUAUUGAGAUGGGUAUGGCAGUUUUAAAAACUGCAGAAAAAAUCAAGCUAAAAAAUGGAGGCAAUUUACAAGUAAAAAUUGGAAUUCAUAGCGGCCCAGUAACAGCUGGAGUUGUUGGAUACCACAAGCCUCAGUUUUCUCUUGUAGGAGAUACAGUAAAUACUGCUAGCAGAAUGUCCUCAACCAAUCAAGAACCAAACACUAUUCAGAUAUCGGAAGAAACUUAUAAUAAUAACAUUGGUGAUAAGGAUGAUUUUAUUUUUACAGAACUUCAGGUCGAAGCAAAAGGAAAAGGCUCUAUAAAGGCUUUUAAAGUUGAAGAAAAAGAUAUUGGAGAUAGAGAUUCGCCAUUGUCCCCUAUUAUUGAGUUCGAUAUACAAACAGAUUUUCUUUUAGCAAGAUCCAGCCCAAUUCGGAAUACAAGAAAAAGGACAGCAAUUGAUUAUGCGUGGAGUCCUGAAAGAAGACAGUCAGUCGUAAGCUCGCCAGAUUCAAAAAGACACUCAACUGUGGUAGAUGAAAGGAGAAAAUCAAUCGCAAAUGUAGCGGGGUUUAAAAGCCUUCCAAUUCCUUUACCUGUUGCUGCAGAUGGGAGAAGGCAAUCGAUUGUGAUGACUUCAAGUGGAAGAGGGUCUAUAAUAAAUCCAGCAGAGAGAAGACAGUCUGUUGUCAAUCCAGAUAUGAGGAGACAGUCAAUCAUGGUAAGCUUAGGUGUCAGUGAUAAAGCCCAGCUAUUUAAAAGGCAGGAUACUGAUAAAAUAGACCCCAUUAAGUUUCAUCCAUUUUCUUGCUCUGAGACUGACCAAGAGAAAAACUUAAGGUUUAUGUUUAUGCUUAUAGAAUUCCUCUAGCACUAUGGUGCCUUAAAGUCCUUAUUACUUGAGAUCCAGCUUCAAUAACAGCUCUGAACAACGUUAGUUGGAUUAGCCUAACCGUCGAAUCGUUAAAGUUACAAAGCCCUUUCAGACUCCUCUAGUCCAUGCCAGAUUCAGUAUGACCUCUUCUCUUCAAGCUGAGACUCUCAAGAAGCUAAACUUUUCUCACAAAGCUCGGAUAAUAGGGCUAGCCUGAUGAGCAGAUCUAGGACCCUAUCAAUAACUGCCAUUUUAAAUAUUGUGAAUUAAGGUUAUAUUUUUUGGAGCAUAAUCAAUGAAUAUUGAAAAUCAGAAUUCUAACAAUAAUUUUUUGUGGGUUAUUUUUAGGUGUAAUGAAAAUCAUUCUUAUAACGCUCGUUGAAGCCAAAACAUAUAAUAUUAUAUCAACUAUUUAUUUUUUGUCUUCCAUUAUUUGAUAUAUUUUGCUUUGGAAAACUUUUACUAACUGUUUUUGAAUUAUUUUUAAAUAAUUAAAUUAAGACCAAUGAUAAUUAUACUUUCAUAGAAAGAUAAAAAUUAGAAAUGGCUUGCAGGGGAUUAAGAUAAAAAAGUCAAAGUAUAUUCCAUGGGUUAUGCAAUGUGGCUAUCUUAUCCCAUUUAUUUUAUUCCUUAUCAUUGAAAUUAAUCACAAUUCUGAAAUAAAAAUUGUAGAAGAAGCAUAUCUCCUAUUUUGCACAUUGCUAUCAUCUCAAUGCAUUUCUUCAUUCUUUAAGCAUACUAUAAGCACCACAAUUGUUUCAGCAUUUUUGAUAGUAUUGGAUCUUGCGAUUUUAAAUGAUAAAGAUGAAAAGUACAUAUAUUUGAUAUCCAUUAUAUCAUUCGAACUUUUCAUGAUUUCAAUAUCAUAUUUUUUAGAAAAAGCAUUAAGAUUCAAUUAUGCUUUACUCCCUCCCUCUGUGAUGAACAAAAAAAUUUUGUACACUCACAGGGAGGGGUUAAAUUUUUUUUUUUUAUAACAAUUUAUAUAUAAAAUUUUAUAUAAAAAUUGUUUUCGAAAUUUUAAAAAAAUCCUAAUUUGCAAAAAUUGGAAAGCAAAUUUAUAAAAUUUAUGUUUUAAAACGCAAUUUGUUUAAAAUGAAACAGAAUUAGCUCGAGAUUUCAUUAUACUAAUUAUCACUUAUAUAUCAAAUUUUUUUCAUAAAAUUUUUUUUUUCACUCACGGUUUUUGGGCAAAAAAUAGGGAUUUUCCAAUGGUUUCGUUCACUCACGGAGGGGGGGGAGUUAGAAGAUUUAGCCAAAAAAGAACUUGAAAAGACAGAAAACCUCUUAAAACAAAUGAUGCCACCUCACGUUUAUCGAAACCUCAAAGAAGAUACAACAAUAACUGAUUCCUUAACCCAAGUAACCCUUCUUUAUGCAGACAUUGUAGGCUUUACAGAAUGGUCUUCAUAUAGAACGCCUGAUAGAGUUGUAGGAAUGCUUUAUGAACUUUUCAGUAAAUUUGAUAUGAAAUGUGUGGAGCAUAAGGUCUAUAAAGUUCAUACUAUAGGUGACUGCUAUGUGGCUAUGGGAUAUAGUGGGGAUAUUGAAAGAAACCCUGGAGAAGAGUGCUUGCAGAUAAUAAAGUUGGCUGAAUCAAUGGUAGAAAUAAUUCAUAGAGUAAAUGAAUUGAAUAUGUCGAAGCUUAGCAUGAGGAUUGGGAUACAUACCGGGAGUAUUGUGGGAGGAAUCGCUGGAACUAAUAUAGUCAGAUAUGAUAUUUAUGGAAAAGAUGUGCUUAUAGCAAACAAAAUUGAAAGCAAUGGCAUUGCUGGACGAAUAUUGCUGAGUGAAGCUGCUAAGAAUUUGAUUGAGGGGUAUAAGCCAGAUCUGUAUAGCUUUGAAUUUCAUAAAGAAAUACCAAUACAGGCAAUUAAAACGAGCAUAAAAUCAUUUUUAUUAGAACUUUAA